UGUUCACCUGUGACCAAAUUGAUAUGUAUGCGGAAGGUUAAUUAACCAACCAAAGACUUUGUUAUGACAAAACAAAACUAAAGGAAACGAUGGCAAGUCGGGGAGAUGACAAAUUGAUCGGAGAGGGACAUGUGAUAGUGGCUGCCAUUGAUUUCGGGACAACCUACUCUGGAUUUGCAUACUGCAAACAUAGUGAUUACAGAAACAAUCCAGCAAACCCAUCAAUUUACUGUCACACUUGGAAUGAUGGAGCAUCUCAUAUUAGAGAAAAAGCUCCAACUUGUGUUCUGUUUAAACCAGACGGAACAUUUCACAGUUUUGGAUUUGAUGCAGUUAAUUAUUUCUAUGAUAAUGCUGAAAAAACUGACUUUACACAAUGGUACUACUUUGAACAUUUCAAAAUGAUGCUAUUCAGCGAAAAGGACCAGUUAACUAAGAAUACCUACUUAGAAGAAUCGGUAAUGAUUGGAAAUAAAGCUCGCAGGAAGAAAAUGAAAGCCAUGGAUGUGUUUGCAGCCGUGAUUGGUCAUUUUAGAGAUUUACUUUUAAAUAAAAGAGCAAACGAAACUGAUUCAACAGAUGAAUGUAUACAGUGGGUAAUUACUGUGCCAGCUAUAUGGGACCUAAAAGCAAGGACGUUCAUGCGAGAUGCCGCUGAAAAGGUUGGUAUACCAAACAAUCAACUUACACUUGCUUUAGAACCAGAGGUUGCAUCAAUCCACUGUAGGCGAGUUCCAGUUAGUGUCCAAACUCUUAACGAUGGAAAGAAAAUAAUUGCUGCGAUGACACUUGGGUCAAAAUAUAUUGUCCUGGAUCAAGGCGGUGGAACAACUGAUAUUGCUGUUCACGAGGUUACAGGCGUGGACACUCUUAAGGAAAUACACCAAGCGUGCGGCGGUCAUUGGGGAGGUUUCACCGUUAAUGAAGCAUUUUACAGAUUCUUGAUAGAUGUGUUCGGAGAAAAUGUUGUCGACAAGAUAAAGCAAGAAAAACCUUCGGCCUAUUACAAAUUGUUGCACAAUUUCGAAGACAUGAAGAAAUGUUUUGAUGAAGAAAAGCUUAAAGAUCCUGAAAGGAAAUCGAAAGUUAUUAUACCAGUAGAAUGGAUUGAAUAUUUUGAAAAUUCAAACACAGUUAAUUUGAAGGAAUCAGUCAAAAAGUCUAAUUUCAAGGGAAGGGUGACAAUUCAAAAUGAUAAACUGAAAAUCAAGAAUAGUUUACUAAGAACAUUUUUUGAUUAUGCGAUCGAAAGUAUCAUAGCUGAGCUGAAUAAAUUGGCACAGAAGGAGGAGCUAUGGGACGUGAAGACUUUAUUAGUAGUCGGUGGCCAUGCAGAAUCACCUGUUUUGAUAAACGCGUUGUAUGAAAACUUCCCAAAUCUCGACAUUGUAGUACCGAAACAGCCAUCUCUUGCUAUUCUAAGGGGGGCUGUCCUUUAUGGGUUUGAACCGGAAACGAUAACAAGUCGUGUGAUGCAAUAUACAUAUGGAAUUGCUAUGCAAAGGCCUUUUAUACCUGGAGUAGAUCCUGAUUCAAAGAAAAAAAGUUUGGUUAACGGAUUAGUUGACAAUGUAUUUGAUAAACACACCGAACGUGGACAAACGGUUAAUGCCGGUGAAUUUCUCAAGGAGCACGAGUACGUGCCAGUAAGACAGGACCAGGUUGCAGUUCAUUUUGAGUUUUAUGCAACACAGCAUAAAAAUCCAAAAUAUGUUACAGAUGAGGGAUGUAGCUGCAUAGGUAUAUUGUAUUUUAAACUCUCUGGUGGAAUGAAAAGUAACAAGGCAAUGAAUUUGAAAAUUAAUCCUAGCGGAACACAAAUCAUUGCUGUUGUAACUGAAAAAGACACCGGAAAAGAAAGCGAGGGCUUCUUUUGUUUACUUGACUAAUUAUAAAAAUCUCGCAUGCACGAAGGGAAACUGACACACACAAGUAGUUUAUUUUUUAUACACAUUCAUUAGUAACUUAAAAUACGACUUCAGCUGAAAAAAAUAUUUACGCGUCUAACAAAUGUGAUCUAUUUCAAAUGUAUAAAUUCUUGAAUAUUUAUAUUUUUUUUCCUUUUAUAUAAAAAAAUUAUGUUCGU